GAAGCAGGCGGGUGACUGUUGGUUAGUUUGCGCUCGACAUUAUUGUUAAGGUUGUAUGGACUAUCACUGCGGACUUCAGCACCAUUUCAACACAUCAAAACUGUUUAGUAAAAUUAAUAAGUACAGGCAAGUGACAUAUGCACCGUGAAUUUGCAGAAAAAUCGAGAAAUACUGCGACGUUUGAUAAACCAAGACGAGCAGUGAGAUGGAUGCGGGAAGGCCGGCUCGUGACUGGACAAAUAUAUGCACAAAUCUGUAAGAGACUCUGGCAAUUGAAGUGAAGAAGUUACAGUACGCAUUUCAGCUUGGAUACACAACAUCAGGAGCACUCCACUAAACAUCUGCAAUGGCUGCCGUAAAUUGGAAGGAUCCACAAGACUAGUCAUCUGCACUACAACCCAGAGCAUGCUCCUCUGCUCAUAGGGUACAAUGGCCAACUCUGUCGCUACCCUGGUGGUCCAAACGGAGCUUCUUCCCAGCCAGACUCCAUCAUCCCUCUCUCCUUUUCCAUCGCUUCUUCCCUCAGUGGAAGAGGAGGAUAACGAUGAAGAGAAAAGUGGAGAGGAACAGAAAGGGACCGAAACCGUCGUGCUUACGGGAGUCGAGAUGGUGACGUCGUCAACGUCUCCAGGGACGAUGGGGUCUCAAAAUCCUGAACACCCCUUUCAGUGUCUAGACUGUGGGAAGAGUUUUAAGUGGUCUUCCAGGUUGGCACAUCAUCAGCGUAGCCAUAACAAUGAGAGGCCAUAUCGCUGUAACCUCUGCCCCAAGGCUUUCAAAGGCUCAUCCGCUCUGCUCUAUCACCAGAGGUCUCAUUCAGGAGAGAAGCCUUAUAAAUGUGAGGAUUGUGGUAAAGCAUUUAAGCGCUCAUCUCUCCUACAGGUCCAUCGCAGUGUGCAUACGGGCUUGCGCACCUUCCAGUGUCCUUACUGCCCUCUUACCUUCAAGUGGAGUUCUCACUACCAGUAUCACCUACGCCAACACACAGGCGAGUGCCCUUAUCCAUGUGACAGAUGUCCCAAAGCCUUCAAAAACUCCAGCAGCUUGCGUAGGCACAAGAACGUGCAUUUGGGUGUCAAGCCUUAUGUAUGUAUGGUGUGCAGCAAGGCUUUCAGCCAGUCAACCAACCUAAGGCAACAUAUGCGCAUACAUACGGGCGAGAGGCCAUACAUCUGUGGUGAUUGUGGUCGCAGCUUCACACACUCCUCCAACUUGGCACUUCAUCGCAACUCCCACAUAGAGGUCAAGGCUCAGGGCGGGGGGAAGACAGGAAAAGUAGGGUCACGGACAAAUGUGGAGGUGGUGUUCGAGGGGGCAACCUCAGACGAUUUGAAGGCAGUUGAAAUGACAAUAUCGGACAUGGUGGGCCUUGUAGGUGGGCAGGAGGGGGGAACUAGUCAGGUCUUCUUAUCUCAUCAUAUGCCUUCAUCCUGUACAUCAUCCUUGGCUGAAGGCAAUCAGAGUGUCCUGACAGCCACAGGCUCAGAGCAUGUACAAGUGAGCAUGGAGGAGUCAACAGAAACUGGUGCUAACGUGUUGCUGUACAGCUGCGGCAGCUGCAACGAGACAUUCGGAACCCAAACACACCUGGAACAACAUCAAGCCUUGCAUCUGCACAGCCUGGGAGCAGAGGAUGGGGGUGAAGACAUCAGAGGUGAAGGCUUAGAGGCACAGGGUGGUGGGGUUUCAUUAGUUGGGAUGGCCCCCUUGUUGGCGGACUUUGAGGAGGUGGUAGAAACCACGACAGUGUCAGAGAGUGGGCAGGGGACAGAACUACUUGGAUUGGGUGGUAUUGGGGGUGGAUCCAGUCAGGUUCAGUAUGACUUGCUGCAGAGCUUCACCAGCUCCGUGGCCCAGAUGUCCUCAGAUGACACCACGCCCAUAGUUGAUACAACUGUGGCUACAUUGUCAGAGUGUGCUUACUGUGGUAAAAGCUUCAAGAACAGCAGCUCAAUGAGCAGACACAUGGCACAGGUGCACCCUCUGGCACUGUCCCAGUCCAGAUCUCAAUUCAGCUGCUCUGUAUGUGACCGCUCCUUCCCCCUGCUGUCAUCCCUUCUUAACCACCAGCUCUCGCACACUGAGGAGCAGAGACUGCUGGCUGAGGCAGAGGCUGAAAUAGUCUGUCCUCCCUCUCUGUCCCUCUCAAUGCCCCUGUCUUCCUCGUCCUCUGCCAAGAGAGAGGGGGAGGAGGGAGAAAGGGAGAUCCAUGUCAGCCUCAUUGCAGUCACAGAAGAGGGAGAGAAGCAAGCUGUGAAAUCAACCAACAGGGCAUCAGGGAAGGCAGGAAGGAGAGGAGGAAGUAGCAAGGGCUCUGCUGCAAAUAACGAGAGGCCAUAUCGGUGCUUGGAAUGUGGGAAAUCCUUUAAGGGUUCAUCAGGACUGCGUUAUCACAUGAGAGAUCAUACAGGAGAGAGACCGUACCGCUGCACAGAGUGUGGAAAAAGCUUUAAGAGGUCUUCUCUACUGUCCAUACAUCAAAGGGUGCACACAGGAGUGCGAGCCUUCCAGUGUCCUUACUGCCCUUUGACUUUCAAGUGGAGUUCACAUUACCAGUACCACUUGCGGCAGCACACUGGUGAGCGGCCCUAUGUGUGCCAGGAGUGUGGCAAAUCGUUCAAGAACACCAGCUGUCUGCGGCGACACAGCCAGUUGCAUUCGGGCCUGCGACCACAUGCCUGCUCUGUGUGCGGCAAGGCAUUUUCGCAAACAUCCAACCUAAAGCAACACGAGCGUACACACUCGGGUGAGAGGCCUUUCCAAUGCGCGCAGUGCCACAAGAGUUUCACACACUCCUCCAAUCUUCAGCUUCACCUUCGUACACACUCCUCUCGCAAAGACUACAAGUGUCAGCGCUGUGGGAAAGAGUUCGUCAUGCACUCCUACCUGCAGCGGCAUCUUCGGACGCAUAUCAGCGGUGGUGGGGCCACAUGCAUAAAAGAAGCAGAGAAAACUGCGAAGAAUGGCAGUGGGACCUCUGAAAUGCCAACUACUACUCUGAGUUUAAAUAUGAAUGCAGCAGGAGGGCUUAGUUCUCUGUUUUCUAAUGAAGGAAAUUCUACACUCCUUCUCUCACCAUCAAAUUUGGACAUUCCUCCAAACACCUCACAAAAUUAUUUUAUGAUCCAGACACCCACAGGACUACAGCUGAUCCCACUGUCCAAUCCAACACCCACACAGCCUGUCCCGGCCCCCCCUCCCCCUCCUCCUCCUCCUCCUCCACCACCACAACUGCCGUCCCAGAAUUUCCUGCUUCUUCAGUGCCAGUCCACCAAUGGGAGCCAGCCGAGUCUGAUUCUUGUCCCCACAGUAUCCAAUACGAACACUCUUCCUGCUCCCUCAGCACCACAGCCCCUCCCCUUGGUGCAAACCAUACCAGCACUGCCACAGAUAGCCACUUUAGCUCCAGCCCAAACCCAGAUAUCACAGUUUCAGCCACUCCAUACCCAGCAGAGGUUUAUUUUUACCAACAAUAGUGCUCCUUUCAUCCCUGCCCCACCCCAAAACCCACCAGCCAAUACUAGACCAAUUUUAGGAACGCUUAGCCACACCAGGAGCCCUAGAACCAGGCGUGCACGCAAGAAUAAAACUCAGAAAUCUGGGUCCUUGGUGCAGGCAGAAUCUGUCACAGCAACUCAAGGAUUAGUUCUUUCGACUAUUUCAACAACCACAACUGCUGCUUCUGUUUCCUCUUCAACAACCUUGUCCCAGCAACAUAAUGUUCCAACAUCUUUGCCACCACCAAAUUCAGAUUCUGUCCCUGACGCACCCUCUACCCCUGCUGCUGUCACUGUAUCAGCAGUAACCCCAACUACACCUCCAACAGACAGCCAUUGUAUUUUGACAGGUGACCCCCAAAAAGCUUCUGCUGCAGAGGAAGCAGAGAAACUUCCAGAGUCACUACAAGAGGAGCGCUUUGUUCUGUGUUUUGAGAAGGAGACUGAGGAGAGAGAGCCAGGAGAUGAGAUGGAGGUGAAGGUGGAGAUGAAUGAAGGGGUGGAGGGAGAAAGGUCAUAUGUGUUACAUUUUGAAGGAGAAAGUGAACAAGGGGAAGAAGGAAGUGAAGACAGGGGGGAAAAAUCAUACGUUCUCCGAUUUCAGUCCGAGGAAGAGAUGGAGGGAGAUGGAGAAAAGGAGAAGACUGGGAUGGUUUCUCUUAACUUGCUUCGAGAUUGGAGUGGAGCGAGGGAAAGUGAAAGAAUGGAAGGGUUUGAAGAAGGUGUUGGAGUGGAAGAGAAAGCAUUUGUUCUUCAUUUCCAAACAGAUGCGCCAAGUGAUGAAGACGUUCCAUCAAAUGCAGGCUUUCCUGAAGGCCCUAGUGAAGACUUGGGUCUUUCUUGCCAUCCUGCCCAAGGCUUAAUGCCUCUUGGUGGACAAGAGGUUGUGUUUGAAUUAGGCAGUGAGGCCAAAAUAGAUGCAGACACUGGUAAUGGGGAAAGUGUUCAAAUGAUUGCAGUAAUAGAAGGUGGGGGCAGCAGUUCUGAGACAGGGGGCAGUUUUACUAAUCCUGGAGGAGUCACUGGAACAGGAGCAGGGCAAAUGGGGAGCAUAUUUCAGUUAGAGGGAGGAGAAGGUAUUGUUAUUAUUGAGGUUAGUACCAGCAGUUUGACAGAAGGAACAGAAGGUGUUUCUGUAGGAUUAAGGAACAUGGACAAAGAAGGCACUACAUCGCAAGAAGUGGCUUCGGAAGAGCAGAAGAUACUGGAAACUGAGAGCAGACUAUCAGCCAGUGUGAAUGGGACCUGAGACUAAGCUCUCAAAAUUAUCUCAAAUCUCAAAAUUAAGCCUGUUUAUUGCUUUAAGAUACAACACACACACGGCCCUACUAACCAAUGCACACUACUAACUACCAGCAUCCAGAGUCUUUGAUCAUACACCAGUUUUUAAUGAUGCCUUUUAUAAUCCAGAUGACUAAACCUAAAGUCAUUUAGUCCUCUCACUUUCAGCUAUCAGGAAAGUGAACUGGAGGGAAAGGCCUUGAUUUAUAACAAGAAUUGACAGGCAAAUGCAUGAUAAAAUAGCUUUUGGUGCAACGGUUGCUCUGUUUUUUUAUGUUGUCCUCUAACUUCAGUCUCCUGGAGUGUUCUCUGAGCACUGCAUUACCUAGAAUAAGGUGAGAGUUACUCACCAGCCCAUAGAGGGAGUCGUUUCAUAAACCACACACAACAAGUAUGAACAAGUAUGACCCCCCCCCAAAUACUACACUUAGCCGACGAAUUGAAGAGGAGCUUCUGAAGAAUGUUGGGCAACUGUAAACUAAUAUGCUGUCAUGUUGACAGCCAAAGUGUAGGAACUGUGAAUAUGUCUAUAGUCUGUUUAGUUUCACUAUAAUUGUUGAUAUUAGUAAAUUAUGUUCAACAAACGCU